AUGGCUACUCGCCAACCUGUCACCAUUCCUACCGGGUCUGCUAGUCCUCCACUUGUUCCAGAGUGUUCUCUUCCUCAUAUGGUGAAUUUUCCAGAGAACGGUAUACAUGUGGUUCCACUGGAUAUUUCACUAGCGUCUCAGGCGCUCUCUACUUCUACCGCAGAGAAUGAGAGCCACCUAGAUCUAAGUCUUCUUCUGGCCAAAUCUAGACCCCUAAUGGAAAUAGAAAGCAUAGAGGGAAGCAUUCCUGAUGACGCAUACCUGGAGGCGGCAUCGGUGAAAUCGAAGCGUUCAUCCUCGACAUCUAAUGAUUUCUCCUACGAGCGUGAUCGCUUCAGAGCUCGCUUCAAAACCUUCAACACAAACUCACCAGUGGUCUCAGAAGAGGAAGACAUACAACUUUCUACUACCGGGGAAACCAAAAUAUAUAGAUUUCCUUCCCAAAAAACAAAGAAGCUCAAUGGCAGCGCGCGCUGUCCAACGGAAGCAAUCUUGGACCUGCUUUCGAACUACUCCAUCAGAGAACCCAUUUCUCCCUUGGACAAGGCUUCUUCAUUUUUCAACCGACACAUUACGCCUCUUGAAUCUACGCCAAACACCACAUCUUUUGUCAUUUAUUCGAUAUCGGUGUCUCAACUUUCAAACGUUUUUCAUUGGUAUUUUAACAACCCACUCCCGUCGACGAGUAGGAUGUUUCCCUGGCUUCAUGGUCUUCAUGGGGAAAACUAUGCACAAAAAGCUUUCUUUGCCUCUCAGAAUCUAAUCCAAAAAUUUGCUGGUGAUUCAUAUGCCAGUCUCGCCGAUCUUGAUCUAGAAAUCGAGAAGCCCAAAGAUGUGCGCUUUUUGAUGUGCGUCGAGAGCUCUCCAGCACCAACCCAUCUGGCUAAAGUUUUGAGAAAUACUGUUAGAACUGAUGAAAUUUUGCACAGAAUACAGUAUUCACGUCAAGAAGUCUGUUUGCAAAUAAAGACAUUGAUUGCGAGCUUUAUUCCUUCUGCCGAUCAAUCACAGGGUGAAUGGACGGGGAUCACUGAUCAAAUUAUUUCCGAUUGCUUCGAAACGGGAUUCAUGCCUCAGUUCAUUGAUCAAGACCCAAAACGCGGUAUCUCUUUACGAAAUUUCCAUAUUCAGGCAAACAAAGUGGCCAGAUGCUCCGAUAUUGUUGUGUACUGUUUGAGUGAAAAGCACAAGUCCAAUUCCUGCAAAUGUGAGCCUUUGGCUCGUCUCAUUCGUGUGGCACAGAUCAUCGAGAAUAAGCAUUUGAUUCCGUUCUAUAAUGUCUUCGUUCUCCUGCUCAAUGAUGUCAAGAAUGAGGAAAGCUUGAGUGAUGUUAUGACUGUACGGGACAAUUCAUCUAUAUUCACCGGUCUGGAUCAUUCGAAAAAAACCCAGCUAUUGCUUUAUAGUAUGGUGCUCCUAAAAUCCGAAACCUUUCAAUCGUGGGACGCCGACUAUUUUGUGAAAGAAAAGGUAGAAACAACAAGAAUGUCCGCUGCUUCAAGACUCCAUCUUAAUGUUUGGUCAGGGAAUAUUUGGGACUAUCAAACAAUGAUGCAAGUUCUCAAAGGAUCUAACUCGGAUUCAAUCCCUGACCACAAGUUUCUGAUUUCGCCAAAUUCCGACCACCGAUUCGAAUAUUGUAAUCCCAAGAAUUCGACACUCAUAAAAGACAAAUCUUUCUCAGUUGGGUCAAAUCUAGUAUCCAUGCUUCCUUCACCUCGUGCGCAUUGGCAACUACUCGUUCUGUGCCAUAGUGAAGCUCAAUUUCCAACUGACUCACAGAUUCAAGAACUUCUCUUCAAAUACACAAUUACAUCCCACAAAGCGAGUGAUGUAUCUGAUUUUCACCUACUCGAGUUUCCAUCUUCAGGAUCUAUUGGUUUGGGAGAUUGCAAGCAAACAAGUUUGAUGAGCUUUGUCAACACAUGCAAACUAAUGUACCUAUAUUCAUCAUGCAUGACUGAAGAUGGUCUUGCUACUCUCAUUUAUUGUUCUGACGGAUACACAGAGCUGUCUCUUCUUAUUUUGAGCUACCUCAUGUUUGCCGAAAAUGUCUCAUUGGAUGAGGCAAUAAUUAACUUGCACAACAAAUAUGGUCGCCCAUUUUAUCUUUUUAGCAAUGAUGUGCAAGUUUUACGUAAGGUGGAACCGCUUCUUAAAAGAUUCAGCCCUAAAGUAUUAGGGUCUGAGAUUGUUUGGUCAAAAGUCGAGACGAUCACAACUGCAGAAUUCAAUAACAUUCUUUUGGGCAAAAAUCUGGGCAUUCAAGAACGAAAGAGAUCCAUUCCUCGCAGACUCCGCCUAGGAUAUGUUGCAAACGAUCUGGACUCAUCAUCCACUGACUCAGAUGAAGAGGUCAGCGAAGACCAUUCCUCAGUUUACGACGAUCAUCAUUGGGUUGAGGAAGUUGAGGGUUCUCUCCCGUCCCGUAUUCUCCCGUACCUAUAUCUCGGGUCACUCAGGCAUGCUAACAACCUCACUGUUUUGUCGAAAUUGGGCAUAUCGAAAGUCGUUUCGGUAGGAGAAACUGUUGAUUGGAUUCAUGGAUUCAGAUUCAAAUCGGAACAUGAAAUUCUGGUAAAGCAUGUCGAUGGAGAAAACUUAGAGAUUUACACAAUAAAACCAAAGAGUGCAAGCUCACCCGAUAAAGCAAAGCCAUCUUCUUCAGGCAGCAAUCUGCAAUGCUCUGUUCAAGACAUCAUGAAAGUAAGUAACCUUCAGGAUGAUGGCAUUGAUGAAUUAUCUAAAGCUCUUCCACGUAUUCUCGAAUUCAUCGACAAUGAGUACAAGAAAUCGAAUGGAGCUACAAAAAUCCUUGUUCAUUGCAGAGUCGGUGUAUCUAGGUCAGCAUCUGUGGUUAUUGCUGAAGUUAUGAAGCGUUACGGUUUAAACUUACCCCAAGCAUAUUUGUAUGUGCGUGUGCGAAGACUUAAUAUUGUGAUCCAACCAAAUCUCCGCUUUAUGUAUGAGCUUUUCAAGUGGGAAGAGCUUGAAAGAAUUAAGAAACGACAAGAAGACUCUGGAGACUUGCGGGUAAUUGAUUGGUUUGUGAUGUGUCAAGAAAUCAAGAAAUUAAACCUGCCCUUUGUGAGUAACUAG